AUGCACCGGGCCCCUCCCGUUCAGACAGCUGCACUGGGCCCCUCCCGUUCAGACAGAUGCACCGGGCCCCCUCCCGUUCAGACAGAUGCACCGGGCCCCUCCCUUCACACAGAUGCGCCGGGCCCCUCCCGUUCAGACAGAUGCACCGGGCCCCCUCCCGUUCAGACAGAUGCACCGGGCCCCUCCCGUUCACACAGAUGCACCGGGCCCCUCCCGCUCACACAGAUGCACCGGGCCCCUCCCUUCACACAGAUGCACCGGGCCCCUCCCGUUCACACAGAUGCACCGGGCCCCUCCCUUCACACAGAUGCACCGGGCCCCUUCCGUUCAGACAGAUGCACCGGGCCCCUCCCGUUCAGACAGAUGCACCGGGCCCCUCCCUUCACACAGAUGCACCGGGCCCCUUCCGUUCAGACAGAUGCACCGGGCCCCUCCCGUUCAGACAGAUGCACCGGGCCCCUCCCAUUCACACAGAUGCACCGGGCCCCUUCCGUUCAGACAGAUGCACCGGGCCCCUCCCGUUCACACAGAUGCACCGGCCCCCUCCCGUUCAGACAGAUGCACCGGGCCCCUCCCGUUCACACAGAUGCACCGGGCCCCUUCCCGUUCAGACAGAUGCACCGGGCCCUUCCCGUUCAGACAGAUGCACCGGGCCCCUCCCGUUCACACAGAUGCACCGGGCCCCUUCCCGUUCAGACAGAUGCACCGGGCCCCACCGGUUCAGACAGAUGCACCGGGCCCCCCCCGUUCACACAGAUGCACCGGGCCCCUCCCUUCACACAGAUGCACCGGGCCCCUCCCAUUCACACAGAUGCACUGGGCCCCUCCCGUUCAGACAGAUGCACCGGGCCCCUCCCGUUCACACAGAUGCACCGGGCCCCUUCCCGUUCAGACAGAUGCACCGGGCCCUUCCCGUUCAGACAGAUGCACCGGGCCCCCUCCCAUUCACACAGAUGCACCGGGCCCCUCCCGUUCAGACAGAUGCACCGGGCCCCUCCCGUUCACACAGAUGCACCGGGCCCCUUCCCGUUCAGACAGAUGCACCGGGCCCCUCCCGUUCAGACAGCUGCACCGGGCCCCUCCCAUUCACACAGAUGCACCGGGCCCCUCCCGUUCAGACAGAUGCACCGGGCCCCUCCCGUUCACACAGAUGCACCGGGCCCCUCCCGUUCAGACAGAUGCACCGGGCCCCUCCCGUUCACACAGAUGCACCGGGCCCCUCCCGUUCACACAGCUGCACCGGGCCCCUCCCGUUCAGACAGAUGCACCGGGCCCCUCCCAUUCACACAGAUGCACCGGGCCCCUCCCAUUCAGACAGAUGCACCGGGCCCCUCCCGUUCACACAGAUGCACCGGGCCCCUUCCCGUUCAGACAGAUGCACCGGGCCCCUCUGGCUCAGACAGAUGCACCGGGCCCCUCCCAUUCAGACAGGCUUCCAGCUGA